UUUUUUUUUUAACCAAAACGUUAGUGACGAUGACAAGUGACAGACAGGUAUUGGAUUCAAAGUGUAAUUUAUUGAUUUUAUUAAAAAUAAUAAUAUUAUGACUUUAUAAGCACAUAAAAGUUACCUGUACGAUACGAAGGCACGAUAUUUAUAAGUAUUGAAAAUGACUAAAAUUGAAAUAGAUCACUUUGAUGGAGAUUUACCAAUUGAUAAUCUCAGUGAUAGUAAUAAUUAUGAUUUAAAGUAUUUAGACGCUUGUGAUUUAAAUUAUGCCAAUUUUUUUGAAAAAUUUAUGCUCAGAAAUUUGCCAUGCAUUAUUAGAAAUAUAACUUCUUCAUGGCAGUGCACAAAUAAUUGGAUUAAAAAUGAGAAAAUUAAUAUUGAGUAUUUAAUUGACCACUAUGGUGAUGUAGAUGCACCCGUAGCAGACUGUGAUGCUAUAACUUUUAAUGCUCAUUGUAAAAUAAAUAUGAAAGUUAAAGAAUAUAUGCAAUAUCUGCAAAGUUGUGAAAGAGACAAAUUACUUUACCUGAAAGAUUGGCACCUCAGAAGACUUAGACCAAAUGACUUAUUCUACGAAGUUCCUUUAUUUUUUGGAUCGGAUUGGUUAAAUGAAUUUGCUACUGACCGCGGUGAAGAUGAUUUUAUGUUUGUCUACAUAGGACCUACAAAGUCAUGGACUCCCUUACAUGCAGAUGUCUACAAUUCUUAUAGUUGGUCCGUUAACGUAGUUGGACAGAAGAAAUGGACACUAUUUCCCCCCGGUGAAGAGGAAAAACUGAAAGAUUCAUUAGGAAACUUACCGGUGAUGUUUCAUCCAGAAAAAUUCCCAGGUGUAAAAUUUUUAGAAAUUGUCCAAGAUGGGGGUGAUGCUUUAUUUGUGCCAUCUGGAUGGCAUCAUCAGGUAGUUAAUUUAUUAGACACAAUUUCCAUUAAUCAUAACUGGGUAAAUGCUUGUAACAUUGAAAAUGUAUGGUCAUCAUUACAACAAUGUUUGUCAUCUGUUGAAUAUGAGAUAAGGGAUCUCAAGGAUAGUCCUGAAUAUAUAUCUCAAUGCCAAGUCAUUUUAAAAUCUUUAUUCGGUAUGGAUUUUUCAAAUUUCUUAAUAUUCUUAUCUUACAUAGGUAAUAAGAGAAUAACUCAGCUACGAAAGGAAAAUAGUAAGGGAUUCAAUAAUAUUGAACUAGGACAGAAUCACAUAAUGUUUGAUUUAAAGACUUUGCAUAAAGUAAUGAAUUUAAUCCAAAACCAUCCCAUAUUUUCUUAUAACUGUAUAUCACCAGACAUAGAAUCCGAUUUUAUCAAAAUCAAAAAAUCUAUUUCUAUGAUUUUAUAACUAUCACAAGUUAGACUUUUUCUUUGCAUAAACACAUCCCUCUGUGAUAAGUUUAUUUAUUUCUAUAUUUGUAAAUCCUAGCUCUUUUAAAAUGUCUAUUGUAUGUUGUCCUGGUCCUGGUAAAGGCUCACGGCCAACAGAUUGUCCUGGUGUGCGUGAUAAUUUUGGAGCUGCUUCUGGUAUUAAUUCAUUGUCACUAUUUCUAUAAAAAGAAUGUCUUGACUUAUUACAAUCGUUUUCAUCAGCAGAUUGUAGGUCAACUACGGGUGUAACACAGGCAUCUAAUUCGUCAAAUAUUUGGCACCACUCUAUUUGUGUCUUCGUCAAGAAUACUUCUUCAAACUUUUUAGUGCAAUGUUCUAAAUCACUAAACUGUCCAUAUACAUCCUCAGAUAACUGAAGUCCUGCCAAAAAGUUAGUAUAAAAUUGAGGCUCCAGAGCUCCCACUGCCAUAAACUUGUUAUCUUUCGUUUUGUAUGUUCUGUAACAUGCUAAACCCCCAUCAAGCGCAUUAGUUCCUGGCUCACCUGACCAUAUAGGCAGAUUUUUUGACUUAAAUAUCCAUGUAGCUAAAUAUCCUGCUCCUUCUGUCAUGCUGGCAUCUAUAACUUGACCUUUUCCUGACUUGACCCUUUCAUAAAGUGCUAAUACGAUACCAAAAGCACACAUUAAACUUCCUCCCGCAAAAUCUGCGAGAAGAUUAAGGGGCGGCACUGGGGGUUCUCCUCUCUUACACAAAGCGGAUAGUAUACCCGAUAUGGAAACAUAAUUAAUGUCAUGGCCAGCUUUAUUCCUGUAGUUUCCAUCUUGUCCAUAGCCGGAUAGUCUGGCAUAUAUAAGCCGGGAAUUAUCUUUUAAAAGGUUUUCAGGGCCUAAUCCUAAUUUUUCCAUUACACCAGGUCUGAAAGUGUCUAUCAACACGUCUGAUUUAGCACACAGCCUUCUUACGACAUCCACCCCUUUCUCGGUUUUCAAGUUCACCGAUAUCAUUUUUUUCCCGUGAGACAUGACAUCCAAAGAUGAAGCUUCCAACUGAAAACGUAAUACACCUACAUUACUUUAUGCAACAGAUUUAUAUAUCCAAUAAAAUGUAAUCAAAAUUACCUUCUGAACUACAGUCACACUAGCACCAAAAUCUGCUAAAAUAGUACCACAAAAUGGCCCAGGAGCUAACCCCAUCAUUUCUACAACUUUAAUUCCUUUUAGCACCAUAUUGAAUUUUUAUCUGUAAAUAAGAAAUGUGUGUACGUAGGUACAUAAACAAUUAAAAUAAUACAGACACCCUGUAAAGUGAAGAAAAUCGAAGUGUAAGUAAAACAGAAAUACUAGUGUAAUAAAUAGCAGUAAAAACAA